CAGCUCGUCACAGGAAUUAUAAACAAAAAACAGGCAGAGAUUUCCAGAACUUACCAGUGAAAGGGCAGGCAGAGUGAACACACUGGUAAUAUGGACAUAAUGGGAAUGAGAGUACUCGCCUCUUGCAGUGAGGUGUGGGCGGCCCCGGCGUCCUACAUCAAUCUCAUGCUUUUAUUUCAUCAAACUAAAGAUCAACUCGUGUCGUGACGUGUCUUAGCGAAAGUUCGCUGAAGCACAUCGGGAGAGGCGUUAUUUAUAGUGUUGGUGUCUGUCACUAAGAUCGGGCGGUGUUCUUUUGGACCUAUGGCAUAUGAGUAACAUCACCAACAAGCGCGGCGCCGCGCUAUAGCAUGGGCGGGGUAAGGGGGAAAUGAAGGACAGCAAGCACCAAAGUGCAUCCUGUAACCAUACCGUCUCCUGAACUCCUUGCACACAGAAGCACACACACACACACUCACACUCCUCUCCAGCCAUGAAGAAUGCGCCUUCCUUAUUCCUGCUGCUGAUGGUGGCAACUGGACCUGCUCUGGGCCAGCAGUGCACUUAUGAAAGUUUUGUGAAGACCGAUAAUUCCAACGUUACCGUUAAACUGACACGUACAAGCACGUCUGUAUACUUGCGGCCUUUCCCAGGCUUCAAGGGCAUCAGCCUGACAGUGGAGGCGUCUGAUGGUGAGGAGUACACCGCCUGUUUCCCGAAACAGGACACGUGCUUCCAUGGCGACGCGGACUUUUGGGAGGUUUCAGUGGCGGCGUGGCUAUCCAAUAACAACUCUGAUAACAACAACCACCACGGGCUUUAUUUUAGAAUGUGGACUGACGGGUGUCCCAGCCAGUGCUACUAUACUGCAACUGUCAACAAAAUUGAGAGGUUCAUGUUUACGGGUCACGGCCACUCAGCAUGGAGCUUUAGUACCCCAGACUCAAGCUGCAGGGUCGUAAACAUUUGGAACAUUCAUUUAAAGGACGUUGUUCACUGCACGACGACACUAUCCCUGGGAACAAACAGCAACAACUCGGGAUCUAUUGCGACCAUACGCCACGCCAUGUCCUCGACCAGACGCCAUAACACGAACACAAGUGCUACCACAACUAUAACCAAGCCCACUGUGCCAGUCUCUACAUUAGUGGUGGUGGUGGUGGUGGUGGUGGUCAGCAUUGUGCUGGGGGUGCUGUCAGCGGUGGCGGUGCGACUAGCCCUGCUUGUGAAGGAACUCAAGAAAAAAAAAAGCAGAACGCACGACGAUGUAUUAGGUGUCAGCGGGUGCAGGAGGUGUACUGUACUGCAGAAGCCUGCAGGAAGACUCGUGCGUGAAGGAACACAUCGGGGCCGACCACUUACCGCUUUAUCCAUCACUGAACACACACAAAGGACUGACCGCAUUGGCGAAUAGACAGGAGGGUAUGCUGUUAUGCGGGGCUCAGUGUUUUGGCGUAUUGCUCGUGUCAGGUUGUAUUCCACUCUUGAUUUUUUUAGGCCUGUGUUUUAAAAUGCUCUUGUCACCUCACCAGAACCAUUUUCAAAGGCCUCAGAGAUGGUUCUCGUGUUUUUUUUUUUUUUUUUUUUUUUUUACGAUGUACAAUUCAUGUUAAGUUAUCACUGGAGCUAUGAAUGAACCAUUCAGAAUCCAAAGAACUUUCGCUAUCCUUGCAAUCAUGGAAACGCACUUGAAUAACCCAAUAACUUUCACCCUUGGAAAUUCCUAUAACAUCCAUCACCGUCUGCUAAACUGUUAUUGAAGCCAUAAAAACACAGUUGAAGAUCUCUAGAACCUGUUAAACUAUUACUAAAACAAUAAAAGCACCCUUGAUGACAUGCAAAAUUAACAUUGGAUCAUAUUAAAUCAUGAAAAUAUUUUAGAAAAUCCUCGCUAAGUUUCAUUAUUGUCAUGGUCAUGGAGAUUAAAGUUAGCAGCAUCGUGCUCUGGCAACCUCCCCGUCAACACUGUGUCCAAACCCGUGCAUUUGGUACGCAUCAAAACAAGCAGCAAUGAGGAAUACCGUUAAAUACUGUCAAUUUUGAGUUUCAAGUAAUAAAAUCGUAAGUACCGCUUGUUUAGAUUAUCAGUAGUAAUACAUAUUUGUUAAGCCUACCGCAUGCACUGUUUUAGACGAAUUGGUUGCCAAAGUAUGGUGAUAUAACCUCCAGAUCCCGUGAACUCGAUCAUCGACAGUAUAACCUUUUAAAGAUAUGUCAAGCAUUCAAAGAUAUGAGUAUCCGGUCUUGUGCUCGUAAGUAAAUGUCAAGUUCACAACGUUGAGUCAAUGUUUUUUUUUUUUUUUUUUUCCUCCAGCAGCGUCCAUAAUGGGGGCUGAAAACUGGGGGACACCUCCCCCUAGACUUGUUCUCCACACUUGAAGGCUUAGCAGGGGUUAAUCACAGAGGUGCCCUUCUAGGCAAGUUAAUGUUCGUGAGAAGAUUUUGCUCAGUUGGCAUUGUAACUUUGUGCUUAAUUAUUUCACUACUGGGGGAUUUCACAUAAUCACUUAUAAUACUUUGACACUUAAUUUUGCAGAAGCUUCAUCAUUAGCUUUACAGCCUUGAGAAAAUAAAAUAAACUCCUUUAGGCAGGGAUUUUUUGUACUGUGAAUGUCUACAAGGAGAGGAGUGUCAAGACACCUCAGAAACUCAAUUGGCCAACUCUCGGUUCCUCUCGGUUUUUUUUUUUUUUUUUUUACUAUGAAAGCAUCGCUUUGAACGAUUUUAUGUAUAUAUUUAUAUAUCUAUUAUAUUUUACCCUUGCCGACCCUCCUCACGGAAAAGAAAGCAGUAAAAAGGCUAACAAUAGAAGGAAAAAUAAUCAUAGAUGUUUUUUUUUUUUUUUUUAUCAUACUUCAUGUGUUUAUAGACUUGCGUCUUGCGUCGUCUGCCUGUUGAAAGCCGCAGGAUUAAUAGUAGAGAUAGGAGCUAUCUUACGAACAGGUUCCGUUCAAAGAGGUUGUUGGUAAGUAGAUUUGUUCGUAUUGCGACGUGUGUCUCGGUUACAGACGGUUGUAAGUUUUAACUUACUGAUAUAAACAAUAUUUUCUGUUGUUUUAAUGUCCUUUGAACAGCCCUCAAGUACAUGGAAUAAAGUUUACAAUUGUAAGAAAUAUAAUAAUAUUAACCUUAACUCGAAAACGGGAAGCAGCUUGCGACCGUGUGCCGGCUUCCUGCAGAGACGCGAAGUGGAGGAGGCGGUGGUUAUUGUUUGGAAUAUGAACAAUAAGAGACGAUAGCGUAUCAACAAUAUGAAAGGAUGAGUCGCCACAAUUGCUUUUGCUUGCACUUACACCCUACAUGUAAAAAAAAAAAAAAAAAAAAAAAAACGCACAAUUCGUUCCAAUCAGGUUUGGACUUAUUGUAGCUGACAUGUAAUUAAUAAAAGGAAAUUAUGUAAUUAUAGCUGUAAUUAUAAGUGAACUCAGAACUUAAGGAAUUAAUUGUAAUUGUAAUUAAUCAUAACAUAGUUGUAAUUUAAUUGUAAUUGUGGAAAAAUAAAGAGAUAGUAAAAUUC